CGAACCUACCUACAUCGAUUGCAACAUCGCCAGCAUUUAGUUAUUACUGCAGUUAUUAACUACACUCACAAUGCGCAUAAUUUAUACUCUUUUGCUUUUGUAUGUAACAUUUUGCGAAGGUGAAGGGGUUGCAAAAAAUUACAAAAAGGGAGUAAAUACAAAGCGUAUGAUGGGCGUCGACGCUAUACAUGACCCACAAACGAAAAUCGAUAAAGACACGAUUAUAACUAGAAACUUGAAGUUAGAAAAAAAAGGUCAAGCUAAAACAUCCGUGCAAAAUCACAAGAAAGACAUCGAACGAGAGCCGGACUGGUCCUAUCAGCCCAUACCUCCAGAGGUGUCUACCCACGUCGAGCAAUUCAAGAAAAACAUGACCGAAUGCCUCAAGGAAGUACAGGCCAAUGACAAACGUCCUGUUAAACGAUUGUCCCCAAAAACAGAAUCUCCAAUCCACGGCGAAUGUCUUAUUGCGUGCGUUUUAAAAAGAAACGGAGUUAUCGACAAUGGCAAGAUUAAUAAAAAUAAUCUAUUGACAUUGGUAAGCAAAUUCUACGCCAAAGAUACAAAACUCAUGAAAAAGUUGGACAAGAAUUUGGAACAUUGUAUAGAAAUUAGCACACGAAACCGAGACGAGUGUGUGCUGGCAUCCCAGCUAAACGCGUGCACCAAUGAUCUCAUGGCUAGUAACAAACAUAAAAUCAUUGUAAACUAUUAAAGAUUUCAAAUUAACAUAGGAAGUAA